GUGGGGGCAGGGGAAGUAAACGGGGUUAGCACCCUAGGGUGCUGCCUGGCCGGGUUUAGUUCUUCAGGCACCUGCUGCGCACACACGCCCCCUGCUACCGCUGGAGUCGGGGGGAGCAGUUGCAGCCAGGCACCAUCCCCGACAGCUCUCAUUGGCCGGGAACCAGUGCGAAGUGCAGAGCCGGUGCUUGGGGCAGGGGCAGCACGCAGAGCCCCGUGGCCCUCCACCUAGGAGCUGGACCUGCUGCUGGCUGCGUCGGGGGUGCAGCGCGGUGUCAGAACAGAUGGGGUGGCCAGCCUGCAUUCCAGGGGCUUUUUCCCUGCUGUGAGUGUCCUCGCGAGCCAAGAAGAGGCAGGGGGAUCUAUGCAGAAAUGCCAGUGCUGCCCUGGCUCCUCCUCGUAGUUCUCUGCCACUGUGGCGGCCUGGCAUGUCCUGAGGGCUGCCGCUGCCCGCUGGAGAGCAGGGUAGUGAGAUGCACCCAUGGGCACCUGAGGGAGAUCCCCCAGGGCAUCCCCCGCGACACCCGCGUGCUCUACCUGGACUCCAACGAGAUCACCGGCCUCCCGGAUGGUGCCUUGCGGGAGCUGCGCCAGCUGCGGGAACUCUACCUCUCUGACAACCUGAUCGAGAACAUCUCCCCAGCCGCCUUCGGGGAGCUGGGCAGCCGUUUGCAGCUGCUGGACCUCUCCAAUAACCGGCUCCAGCAGCUGGGCCCUGCCGAGGCUGCCUUCGCCCUGCAGGCCAAGAUGCGCCUCUACGGCAACCCGUGGCACUGCGGCUGCUCCCUGCAGAAGCUGCUGGAGGCCCUGCCCCUGGAGGCUGAGACCCUGGAGGACGUGGUGUGCGCCAGCGCGGCCCGGGAGGAGUACGCCGGCCAGCCCUUUGCCCUCCUGCUCAACACUGGCAUAGACUUCUGCAGCGUCCAGCAGAGGACCACGGACGUGGCCAUGCUGGUCACCAUGUUCUGCUGGUUUACGGUGCUCAUCACCUACGUGCUCUACUACGUUCAGCGGAACCAGGCCGAAACCCGCAGGCACCUGGAGUAUCUCAAGUCCCUGCCCAUCAAGCAGCCGAGUCCAGAGGAGGAGGAGAUGGAGGAAGACACGCUCAGUACCAUCCUCUGACCCAGCCUCUUUGCGGUGGGUGGGAGCUGUAUUUAAAAGGGGAAGGUUUUGACUUUGAACCACGACGGGCUGAGAAAUCCAUACAGAGUAUGCUGGAAGGGUUAGAGAGGAAGGUUGGCCUUGUGGUGGUUGGGCCAGGAGAGACCUGAGUUCAAUUUCUUAUUCUGCCACAGACUUCCUGUGAUACUUUGGGCAAGUCACUUAGCGUCUGUGUGCCUCAGUUCCCCUAUCUGUACCUUAGGGCUUGUCUACACGGGGACGUUAUUCCAGAAUAAAGUAGGGCAUGAAUCUGAAGCACAGCAGAUUGUCCACAUGGGGAGUUUUCUGGACUAGUUUAUUCUGCAGUAGCUAUUCCGGUCAAUUUCCCCAUGUAGACAAGGCAGGUAGGGUUGAAGGCUAGUUGAAGCCUAGAGCUCAAAACAUAAUUGCUAAUGGGGAAUCAUCAAUGCAUGGGGAGUGUUUCCAGCCGAGAUCAGUUCUUGGCUCAAUGCCAUUCACUAUUCAGCCAUCGGGAAGGAAACGUGGAAUCACUGCCAAUAAAGUUUGCAGGUUGUUAAAUCAUGAUGAAAACAGGACAGUGAGAGACAGCGAUGAAGAUAGCCUGGGCACCUUUAACACCUGGCUGAAUGCCUGGUCCGACACAGAGGCACAAAGAAGAUAGGUGUCACCGACUGCGUCCUAGGAAUAAAAGAGUCUGAAAAGGACGUGGGUAGCUCAUGGUGGAAACCAGCUGAACAUGAGCUCCCGGUGUGGUGCCAUGGCUGAGGAGACAUACAUAGUCCUUGGAUGUACAAAGCAGCGGAGUCAGAAUAGGAAGGUGGUAUUAUCUCGGUGCAUAGCAUUGGCCAGGGCAUUACUGGAUACUGUGUCCAAUCCUGGCGUCCACUCUUCAAAGAGGAGGAUGGAAAAAAUGAUGAUUCAGACAAAAGCUGCAAGAAUGAUUCAAGUUCUGGAAAACCUGCCUCAGAGCGAGAGGCUGAUGGAGCUCAAUUUAUUUAACUUAUUAUUCAAGAGGUGAAGAAGCAAUCUGAUGAUGGUCUAGAAGCACCUGCAGGGGGGUGGAGAUGUUCAAAACUAGGAGGUUAAUUUUAAACUGCAAAAUCCUUUAUUUAGGCACCAAAGUAAAGGUCCUGAUUUUCAAAAG